GCAGAAGGAAAAGAAGUCGUCCUACGUGGCCUCAUUCGCCUGACUGCAGCCUCUCUCUUUCCUCUCUUCCCUAUCUCUCACAUACACACACAAGCACGCAUACACAUACUCACCAUAUCGCCAUAUCACCACACAUAUAGACUAUAUAGACAAAAGGGAAACAAAGAAACAAACAGCCUCCCUCUUUCUUAUCCCCCUCCCCCCUCCCUCGCUCUCUCUUCUCCCUCUCUUCUCCCUCUCCCUGUUUUUUCUUUAUUGCCUUCUUCUCCUCCUUCUUUCUUUCUCUCCCUUCCUUCCAUUCCGCCACAUUCAAUCUCUGUUUCACACUGCUCAUUCACCCUCACUCUCGCUUUCACAUCCCCCAUCACCCUCACUUUCGCCUCCAUCCUCUUCUACAUCCCCUUCAGUGAACCGCAUAUCGCUUAUCCCAUUGGUAGAAUCACAUUCACUUCCGCCGCAUCCACACUCACAGUCAUGUCCUCAGACGUCGCCGACUUCCUCUUCUCCUUCGCCUGCAACAAGCUCGAGACCUGCCCCCACCUCGACCUGCGCCAACAGCUCCUCCACUCCAACCUCAUCCGCCACAUCCUUCUCGCCCACCAAAGCAACUCCAACUUCAACUCCAGCAGCAGCGAUAGCAGCAGCCAUAGCAACAUCCAUGAAUCGGAUCCCUCUCCCUCCAAUUCAUCAUCCUUGCCCUCUUCUUCUCCGUCAGAAGAUUUGCCACACCUGCUGUCGUUGCCCCCUUUGCCACCAUCCCCGCCUUUGCCACCAACUUCGCCCCCUUCCUCAGCACAGGUACCGCAGUCAUUGUCUUUGUCACACCACCACCACCACCAGCUGCACUCCUCGCCAUUUCUCUAUCCUUCAGAUUUCCAUCCCCAUCCCGACUUCCAUCCUUUUCCCCUCCAAUCCCUCGCUGCCCACUGCUCCGAUCUCCUGCACUGGUGCCCCUUUUCGUUUGACGAUGAGCGCGACCGGAUAGACCUUCCAGAUCAGGACGUGGUUAUGGCUGAAGAAGACGGCUCCGACCCAGACAUGGCUCAUCUCGAGCUCUCGACCCCGUAUCUGCAACACAUCCAUAAUAACAACAGCAACAGCUACGACUGCACAGUUGGCUUCCAUCCACAUUAUUCAGGCGCCCAUUUGCCAGUCGCGGACUUCGAUCUCGAUUAUGACUUUGAGUCGACCCAAGCUCAAGAAGAUUGGCUCGACGCGGUUCUCGAGGAUCUCAUGGAGGAGGAUGAGCAAGAGGAAUCGGGGCCCGAAUACAACUCUGAGGACGAGAUCGAUUCUUUUGCAGACAACUCAGACCUACACGACAUCGAGACUUUGAAGAGAAAGGGUCAAGAGAAAGUUGCGGCCCUUGUAGCAUAUCAAAUAAAUUUCCAGCCUUCUCGGCCGCUCUACGCGUAGUGGCCGCUGAACGAAGAGCAAAAAAUAAAUAAAAAAGUGUU